GAGAACGUGAUGUCGUCUGCCAAGACUGGAGAUCGAACGUCAGCUGUCAGACGAGACCUAUGAGUGUGUUAAUUUGAGGAUGCCACAUUAGUGAAGAUGCUUGAAGAGGAAGAAUUUCACGAUGCUAGGAGUGAGGAGGAGGAAUGGGUGCUUGCCAGGAGGGGCAUCACACUGGUGUUAAACAAUCAGUAUGAUGAGGCGCAAAAACUGUUCACUGACCGUAAAGAUUCCAUCCAACUUGCUGCCGGCCAUUGCUUUAUUGUUUUCAUGAAUGCGCUGAUGUCAUUUGAAGAAGAGAUGUUGACUGAGGCACAGACAGUGUUGAGGAACGUGGAGCGGAGAUGUGCACAGGACAUCGGUUGGCUAAAGUCUAUGAGGAACAAGGUGUUUGGCUCUUUUAAGGAGAAAAGUGGGGAGGCUGGCAGGUUGGAACAGCAAGUGAUCCUGGCUGACACGCAAGUGUGUCUGGCGUUGCUCACCUUCCUGCAGCAGGACAUGAGUGGCUGUGUACGUGGGGGCUGGCUACUGCGCAAGGCCUGGCGUGUCUACCAGCACACAUACAAUCAGAUACUGACCCUCUAUCGUCAGACUUUUGGCUCAGAACUCACUGUUCCAGGGUCGGACUUUGCCUCAUGGCGUGUGGUGACCCAGGGCCCUGGGAUGGUGGAAUCACCUAGUUGUGACUGGUCAGCCCCCACUUCCCCCCACACUACUCCUCUCUCUCCCUCCACUCCUUCCGGUUACCUCAAUGGCUACAAGAGCUCCUUUGCCAGUCUCCUCAACGCUUUCAGCCCAGCACCUCAGAAUGAAAUGGAGCCAGAAGAGAUCUCAAGGUUGAUGUCUGCUGUUAGUUUUGGCUAUGGGGUUUUCCAGCUGUGUGUAUCACUACUGCCUCCUUCACUACUCAAACUGAUCCAGCUGUUGGGGUUUGGGGCGGACCGAGCGGCAGGGCUCGAGGCCCUCACCUUCUCCCGACGAGGCUGCGACAUGCGGGCUCCCCUCGCCACCCUAGCUCUGCUGUGGUACCAUACUAUAGUUCGCCCUUUCUUUGCGCUCGAUGGUUCAAACGUCCAAGCUGGUAUAGACACUGCCUCACAGCUGAUACGUGAGAGUCAACCGGAGUUCACCAACUCUGCUCUCUUCCUGUUCUUUACUGGCAGAAUACACAGGCUAAAGAGUGAAGUUCCUGCAGCGUUGGAAGCAUAUUUGUCCGCCGUUGAAAAAUCACCACAGCGAGAAGUUCAACUUUUGUGCCUACACGAGGUUAGCUGGUGCUAUUUAAUACAACUGGAUUGGGCUAAAGCGUACAAGUCUUUCAUGACCUUGAAAAUAAGGUCUAGAUGGUCCAAGAUAUUCUACACUUAUUUAGCUGCAGUGUGUGCAGGAGCGAGUGACAAGCUGUCGGAGGCUGCCAGAUUGUCCAGGGAGAUUUCAGAGUCACUGCAGAACUGUGGUCAGCCUGGAGCACCGUCCGCUCUCACGCAGCUGGAAGAUUUUAUUUGCCGUCGAGCUGCCUUGCUGUCCUGCACCACCUCACCCCCUGAUCCCUCAUAUUGCCGUCUGCUCGCUUACGAGAUGCUGUUCCUCUGGAAUGCUCUGCCGUCCACACAGUACAACAACAUUAUUACCAGAGACUGUGAGAGCAGCAUUGGGAAAGAGCCGAUGGUGGGGCUGCGUAGUCUAAUAUUGGGCACAGUACAAGGCUGUCUAGGUCUGCAUACAGAGGCCAAGGCCAGUCUACGAGCUGCCCUGUCUGCACGACAGAACAUCCCUGAUUCUGCACGGGAUAGUCAUGUCACUGCAUUCGCCCUCUACGAGUUAGCCAGACUCCUCAUACAGGAGACCUAUGAGUAUCGAGAAGAAGCAAGGCAUUUGCUUGAAAGAGCCCAGCGGGAUUUUAAAGGCUACGAUUUUGAGAGUCGUCUCAACGUGCGCAUACAUGCUGCUCUGCGUUCCCUCGGACAAUGAUGCAGAAUAUUGCAGAAGUUGGCCAGUAUUUAUUUCCAAUAUCAGUGGUUCCUUUUCUGCAUUUUUAUUUUGUUAAGUAUAAGUUGUUCACUAGUAUUCUGCUUCUCACCAUUGGACGUAUUCCUUCCAUUAAGUCUUUAUUCGUGUUCAUUUGAUGUUUAAUGUUGUUUAUAGUUCUGUCGUUAUCUUUGAAUGGAUACAGAAUGGAGAAAUUACAGUUUUAUAAAAUUCCAAAGAAAUGUGUAUGCUAACCUCUCUAAUUUAAUUAAAGACAGGUGGUUCUGAAAAUUGACAAAUAAAGCAAACAUUCCAUCCAUUAGAACAUACACAAUGUGUUUUUGCAGAUAUUGCACUAACAGAGACAGUAAGAAUUAUACUUGUAAAUAAAGGUUAACAAUACAUUAUGUGUUCUGAGUUUACAGCUGUGUAUUGAUUUAUGUAGUAUUAAAAUCACACACUUCAGUUCUCCAUUUAAAAGUAUCCACUUCAGAUUAGUUAACUCUCCAAUGUAUUAGGUACCACCCUUCUUAUGUGAUAUUAUUCUUGAAUUUAAUUUAUGAGUACUAAUAAAAUAAUAAUCUGAGUCUGUUUGUUUAGUACAUGUAAUUUAAAUGUUAUUUAGUAUUUCAUCCCUAGAAGAGAGAAUAUGAACAUAACAUACUAGUAUUUAAGUUAAAAAAUGUAUUGUUUCUUUGUUUAUUUAUUGUUUAUUAUUUCUGGAUUUAAAACUCCAAAGAUUUAGAUAGACUUUAAAUUGUUACUAAUAGUGUUGUAUUAUUUUUAAUUUAUUGAAAAACCUGUAAAGUUAUAAUUAAGUCAGUAUUUAAUGAUUAAAUCAUUAACUUUAUAAUGGUC